CACAUAUGCACGCGCCACCAGUCGAGGACCGCUACAGCUGGAAAGUAACUUGACACAAUAAAAAUGACAUAAAACUGAGGUUAUUGUUUUACCUUUCUGGUCUUUGAAUAGCUUUCCUUUCUGUUUCUCGGAAUACGUGUGGUCUGGAAUAUAGCCUACGGGAUGUUGCUUUCUCACAAGGAUUAAUGAACGAUAAAUGGUUCGGAUGCUCGCGCGGAUGGUUCCUGAAAAUGGAUACAGAUUUUAAGAAGCCUCCUCUUGCUCCUAAACCAAAACUUGUGAGUCACCUUACCUUCAAGCUUCCUUCCCCCCUUAUGUCCCGGCCCUGCUCCUUAGCCAGGGGCCCCAAACCUCCCAUCGCCCCCAAACCCACAGUACGACAUGACCCUGAGGAGCGCGACUCCUCCCUACUCUGCAACAACGCCCAGGAGGGGUGCACCAACGGGGACCUGCUGUCCUCAGAUGAGGACCUUGACCAGGAGAACGAGCCAGAGGACUGUCUGAGUGGAGGGAAGGGGCUAGAGGAGGAGGAGCCAGUGGAACCUCAGUAUGACUCAUACUCUCUCAGUUCAGGGGUCAACGAUCCUGAGAAUGGUUAUGAAGAGCAGAUGGAACCGGUGGAGGAGGAGGAGAUGAUGCAGGAGAAAGAGGAGGACUGGAGGUUAACUGACAAUGUUCAGGCAGAGGAGGUGGAUUCUCUGGAAACACUGGGGGACAGUGAUGCUGGAUUCACAAUUUAUUCAGUGCACUCGGUGGAGGUAAUCGACACGGACAUCACUGAUGAGAUUGACACAGAGGGCUGCUAUGCUGGCGAGGCGCUGGCCGACACAGAUGGCUUCUCUAUCACCAGCAUUGAGGAGGAGGAGGCAGCAUGCUACUUCUGUGAAACUUGGCCUGGGAAAGAAAAAAAGGAGAAUGUGGAGGAAGAGCACCAAAUAGAGGAAGAAGAAGCAGAAGAAGAAGCAGCUGAUACCACAGCAGAUACAGAAACAGAAUCUCUCUCUGAGGAACACAUAGAUCUCCUCGUCAAAGACAACGUAGAGGAGGACCUUGUUACCCAAGAGCCUUCAUCCUUCAAGGAGGAGGAUGAAGGGGAAGUAGAGGAAUCCUCACCUUACCCUGGUAGUCCUACCAAUGUCCUACAGGAGGACUUUGGAUAUGAUGUCAUUGGUCCCUCAGAGGAGAGAGCACAAAGGUAUCAACCAUAUUCCAUAAUUGAUGAAGAGCCCAUGACUGUUCAGUACAGUAUGGAAGAGGGUGAGCGCCAACACAGCAAACAUAAAGCAAAACAACUUUUCAACACAGAGGAGGAAGCAGUUGACCCUAGCCUGGAACCCUACUACAUCUCAACUGAGGACAUUGUGGAUCCAGAGCAGAGCCCUGCAGAGGGCAAAGGUGACGGAUCAGCAGAGAGUGAGAGCACACCGGAAGAAUCUUCACUGGUCACAACAGAGACCACGGAGCCCAGUGAGUACGCAGCCAUAGGUGACGAUGACUCCCUGUGUGAGGACAUGGGUCAUAUUGAGUGUGUCUCUUCUGAGGACUACGUCGAGAUAGGAGAUGACGAUGAUGAUGAUGAUGACGACAGGGAGAACAUGACAGGUUCAUGUCAGAGAAGGAUGCCUGUAGUCCAGAGGGUGGAGGCUUUCUUGAACCAGAGUAACAACCAGCCCCGUUUCAGGCUGGUGUCCAUCUCUGUGCCAGCGGACACAGACACCUCCCAGGCCUCAUCGUUCUCUGACAGCCAGCUGCGCUCCCCAGAUGACUCUGAUGUGUUCAGGGAUGAGGAGGACCUUGAGGGCCACAUCAUUCCCUACCUGGAUGAGACAACCGACAUAGAAGGUAACCUUAGUGAUGAGCAUGUCUACGAAGAGGCAGGCCUGGACUCAGAGGGGGAGAAUUUCCUGCCUUUUGACAGAAAAUCCAUUGUGACCAGGUCCCGGUCGUUGUCAGGGAAAGUGCCUGGUUACGUGCCUGAUACGGUUCCUGAGGAGGCGGGCUCCGAGUUCCACCUUCAGAACUACUGCGAGGUAGAUUUGGACCGGAGCGGACCCGCGCUGAGCAGCAGUCCCAUGUUAAACUCAACCUGGGCCAAGAGCUCAUCCAAACAACAUCGCUUUCUCCUGUACCCCCGCUCCUUCUCCAUGGAGGGACGGGAACUGCCCCUGUGUGUGUACAGGGAGAGCCAGGGUUCCCCAGGGGAGAGGAGGGAGGACAGCCUCUCCCUGCCCUGUGUUAUGGGCUCUUCUGGAAGCUUCACCCAGCAAAGUCCCCUGCCCUCCAGCGGCCUGUCCACCCCUACUUCAAUGGUGGACAUCCCUCCUCCCUUUGAGCUAGCAUACAUCACCAAGAAGCCCAUCACCAAGAGCUCUCCAUCCCUGUUCAUCGAGGGGGACUCCCCAGACAGGCAGAAAAAGAAGAAGUCCUCCUUCAAGCGCUUCCUGAUGCUGAAGUUCAGGAGGAAGACAGAGAGCAAGCUGCUGGUGGACGUCAAUGUGUCCUCCUCCAGGUCCUCCCCUGAGUCCAGCCACCACGGCCCUGCCAGGGUCCUUGAUUUAGAGAGGCGCAGCACAGGCAGCUCCCCGCAACUCAAGUCCCGGAUGGUCAGUAAGCCCCAGCGGUCUCCGGAAUCCCCCUCCACCUUCCUGUUCUAUAAGGAUGGGAAGAGAAAAGGGGGUUCCGUGGCCUUCCUCAACCGCAGUGUGGCACGGGUGGAGUCCUUUGAGGACCGCUCCCGCGCCCCCUACACCCCCCUCCCUCUGACCAAGCCCCGCUCCAUCUCCUUUCCCAACACUGACAUGUCAGACUACGAGAAUAUACCUGCCCAGACCCUCAGCUCCGACUAUGAGAACAUCCAGAUCCCUUCCCGGAAGCCUGUACGACCUGGGACCUUUGCAGAGUUCUUUGACCACACGAGUCGGGUGCUGUCCUCUGCCAAUGACACUGAUGGUUACGUGGAUAUGAGUAGCUUCCCUGGGUUUGAGAGAAAAGCUCAGUCGCCUGAGCAAGAGCCUGAAAGUGCCUAUACAGAAGCCUACACCGUGUGCGCCAUAGCUGUUGGUUCACCUGGCGGGUCAGAGGUUGAGGCUGGGGGCGGGAUAGUGGAGGAGGAGGACCAAGAACAAACCUCUGAGGAGGAGGAGGGAGGAGCAGAUAACACAUAUGACAGACGGACCGACGGUCGAUCCAGAGCCUUCUACAUUGCCAAAGAGCUGGUGGACACUGAGAGAUUACAUGUGAAAGCCCUCAAGCUUCUCCAGGAGGACUUCAGGGAGGCGGUGGGGGCUGCAGUAGGGGAUGAGGGGGAUCCUGUGCUGGAGGAGGAGCGGCUGAGAGAGAUCCUCAAUGAGCUGCCCGAUGUUUACACUCUGCACCGCAGAAUCCUCACCGAGUUAGAGAACCGCAUCCGACAGUGGGAGGAGAGCCAGAGGAUUGCGGAUGUCAUCCUAUCCAGGAAGUCAGAGUUUGUGGUCUUUACGACUUACAUCGGUCACUACGACCGCAGCAUGAGCCUGCUGGACGAAAGCUGCCGGACCUCGCCCGCCUUCUCAGCAAUCGUCCGCCAAUAUGAGCAGCAGAGUCCGGCAGGAGACAAUGUCUCUCUCAAACACCAGCUUCUGCAGGUGAUCGUACGGGUGGCUCAAUACUGCAUGCUCCUCAAUGAUUACCUGAACAACCUCUCCCCAGACUCCAAAGAAUACGAAGAUACACAAGCCGCACUGGUGAUAGUAUCAGACGUUGCGGAUCAAGCCAAUGACAGUUUGAAACAUGGGGAGAACCUGUUGCGUCUGGUCAACAUAGAGUACAGUGUUCGAGGCCAGAGGGAUCUGCUCCAGCCUGGCAGGGUGUUUGUGAAGGAGGGCACUCUGAUGAAGGUCAGCAGGAAGUUCAGACAGCCACGCCACCUGUUUCUGAUGAAUGAUGUGCUGCUGUACACCUACCCUCAGCAGGAUGGGAAAUACAGACUGAAGAACACCCUCCUACUGACUGGGAUGAAGGUCAGUAAACCCAUCAUAGAGGAUGUGCAGAACGCUCUGAGGAUCGAGGGAGCAGACAUCUCCAUCACCUUGGCAGCCAGCUCCUGUAGUGAGAGAGAGGACUGGUUCCACACUCUGAGUCGGACAGUGUCUGAUCACGCCAGAGGACCUGGAACUUUCAGCAGCUGCUCUGGAGAGGCCAGAGAGCGUCUGUGGCUGUCCCUGGGGGAGAAGGCUCCUACUCUGGUGCCUGUAUCCCAUGUGAUGAUGUGUAUGAACUGCACCUCAGACUUCAGCCUCACACUGCGCAGACACCACUGCCACGCCUGCGGGAGGAUUGUGUGUCGGAGCUGCUCCAGGAACAGAUACCCUCUGAAGUACCUGAAGGACCACAUGGCCAAAGUGUGUGACCACUGUUACAGCGAGCUCAAGAAGAGAGGAGGAGAUGUGUCUGGGGCGAGUGGUACUGACAGUCCUCGUUCUAACCGUCGCUCCAGCCGCCCACUCUCUGCCGUCUUCCAGAACAUUCACCCUCCCAGCCUGUGGAGACACCGCAAGGGUACCGCAUCUCUGAGCCAGGCGAGUGUGUCAGAGGAGGGCUCUAUGAGUGGUACUCUACAGCGCAGUAAGAGGAGCAAGAGGAACUGGAAGAGGCUGUGGUUCCAACUCAAAGACAAGGUGCUUUACACCUACCAGGCCCGCGAGGAGAAGGUGGCGUCUGAGAGUUUGCCUCUGUUGGGCUUCACAGUGAAGCUGCCUGACAGGCCAGGUGGAGAGGAGACAACCAACGUCUUUGAGCUGUACCACAAGAAGACCCUGUACUACACCUUUAAGGCCGAGAACAACCACACUGCUGAGAGAUGGGUGAAUGCCAUGGAGGAAGCCACAGUUUUAUAGCAGUGGCCAUCUUGGGUGGUUUGUCAAGACUGUGGUUGCGUUCCACUGCUCAGACGUUGCAUGUAUCAACCAAUGAUUGCGUGCCACGUCAUUGACUGUGUCAUCGACUGACAGAUUACUAUAACAUAUGAUGUGGUUGACUGAUACGUAAAAUACCUAUCCAGGCGUUAUAAGAUCUGGCAGGCGUCAGCAACGCCUGGACAGAGGAACGCGCCCUAUAACUCACCUUUCAGACUUACCCUGGAGUCCUCGCUGCCACUCUCCUACGACACAUAGCCAUCCCUCAGAAUGCCUGAAUGUAAAACAAAAAGGGAAGAGGAGGAAGAUGCUCAUUUUGCCUUUAGUCAGCUGUGACGGUUGUGUCUUACUGUGUGGACUGGGAGAGGAGAGAACAAGGCAUGGUGUUCUUAAAGGAGGGGACACGCUCACCUACUUUGUCAUCUUCCAACGUCCCCAUCCCGCUGCUACAGCAGGUGUGAUGCCUAGAGCCAAGAGAGAAGCUGUCCCAGAUACGUACCCUUCUGGAAAAUUCCACCAAGGCUACCUAUGACUCUCCCUCCAGUUUUUCAUGGCAUUAACCACUCUGGAUUACGUAUACAAAUGGAAUGAAAAUUACAUUCACAUUUUUUGGGGGAUAUCUUAUUUUAUUUUAAUUAAGAACACUGUAAAAACAAUGUAGUUGUUUCAACUAGUUAUGAUUAAAUAACCGUUUCCACAGACUUUUCGGGCAGAGUGUUACCUGAACCCAAUUUUUGGGGGGGCACAAACUUGAUUACAUUUUGCAUGUUCAUAUAUACAGGAAUUCAUAUCAAAUAAAAUAACACUUUAUUGAUCACAUGGUUAGCAGAUGUUAAUGCGAGUGUAGAGAAAUGCUUGUGCUUCUAGUUCCAACAGUGCAGUAAUAUCUAACAAGUAAUCUAACAAUUCCCAACAACUACCUAAUACACACAAAUCUAAAGGGGUGAAUGAGAAUAUGUACAUAUAAGUACACAUAAGUAUAUGAAUAAGCGAUGGCCGAGUGGCAUAGGCAAGGUGCAGUAGAUGGUAUAAAAUACAGUAUAUACAUGUGAUAUGAGUCAUGUAAGAUAUGUAAACAGUAUUAAAGUGGCCUUGUUUAAAGUGACUAGUGAUCCAUUUAUUAAAGUGUCCAGUGAUUGGGUCUCAAUGUAGGCAGCAGCCUCUCUGAGUUCCUGAUUGCUGUUUAACAGUCUGAUGGCCUUGAGAUAUAAGCUGUUUUUCAGUCUCUCGGUCCCAGCUUUGCUGCACCUGUACUGACUUCGCCUUCUGGAUGAUAGCGGUGUGAACAGGCAGUGGCUCGGUGGUUGAUGUCCUUGAUGAUCUUGUUGGCCUUCCUGUGACAUUGGGUGCUGUAGGUGUCAUGGAGCGCAGGUAGUUUGCCCCCGGUGAUGCGUUGUGCAGACCACACCACCCUCUGGAGAGCCCUUGCAGUAUUGAAAAUGUCCUCACCUGUGAUUUGAAGACACAACCUGUUAGUGCACGCUGAGCCACCAUGUCUGUGUCAAUGACUGAUUUCACCUGCAUUGCUACACUUUGCACCUCAAAGUAAAUCUCAGCUCUAUUAAAAGUACACUCAAGAAAAAAUAUUUGAUUUAUCAUAGUGAUUAAGUCGGUGUUUCCUAAACUCACUCCUUGGGACCCCAAGGGGUGCACGUUUUGGCUUUCACCCUGGCACUACACAGCUGAUUCAAGUAAUCAACUAAUCAUCAAGCUUUGAUAAUUGGAAUCAGCUGUGUAGUGUUAGGAAAAAAACUAAACGUGCACCCCUUGGGGUCCAGAGGAUCGAGUUUGGGAAACGCUGGAUUAAGGAGUAACAUUAAAACAGAGUAAUAUACCCCACCAACAUUAAACAACCAGACAGAAAACCAUCAAAUGAAACAAGUAAAUCAAAUCAAUGAUGAGAGAAUAGUCAGAUUAACUGAGAACAGACACGGGAAGAUUGGAAUGCCAUGAGCCAAAAGGUUGUGCGUUCAAAUCCCAGGUGAGCACAUGUUGAAUAAUGGGGACGUGGGGAUGGCAGGUAGCCUAGCAGUUGAGGGCAUUGGGCCAGUAACUGAAAGGUCACUGGUUUAAAUCACCGAGCCUACUAGUUGAAAAAUCUGUCAAUGUGCCCUAAAGCAAGGCACUUAACCAUAAUUGCUCUGGAUAAGAGCAUCUACUAUAUGAAUAAUUUCUGUAUAAAUGACCAUGCAUGGUAGGUAAUCAUGUCAACGUGUUAAAAACAUUGCAUGUUAAAAGCACUUUUUUUUAACUUAAGAUGCCCAAAAAAAUCAUUUACAUUAAAAUUGACUGAAUUUUUGCCUAAGUUUUCACAAGUUGGAGCUAAGUUUGGGCCAACAAUUUUUGUUGUUGUUCAGAUAACACCAAAAGUUGAGUAAACAGAAAAAAAGGCUGUGUUACUUAAUUAAUAAUAAUUAGUUGAAACAACUGUUUUUUUUUCAGUGAACAAUAAGAGUAAAUGUUAUUACACUGCAUGUACUACUGGGGUGUAACCCACAUCCAGAGGUUAUGAAAAUGCUGAAUCUGUUAUUAAUACACGUUGACCACAUGCCAACGUGACCGUUGUUUUAAUGUGAUGUCAGAAGAAUAAGAGUGGAUCUCCAUGUAUUAUUACGUCAUCCACCAAGGUUUGAGAUGGUGGGUUCAUUCACCCCCCAUUAGACCCAAUAUGUGCUGUCAUGUUCACAGUGCAAGACAGCCUUUCUAAACCAAUAUGGCACUACUUACUGAAUGAAUUCUCAAUUUGUUUAUUUUAUCAGAACACUUUCCUGCACUCGACUUAGCCAGCUUCACGUACCUUAAUGCCUGACAUUUUAAAGCACAGGUUCUGCUUAAAGGAUCACUAUUCAUGGAUUGCACCUCAUUCGGUUGUUGCCGAUCUAACCAACGUUGAUAGAUCUCGCGGCAUAUUGAUGUCCGACUGAUGGUUGGUUAAUGGUCAGUCUUUCUGAACGAGGGCUAAUGACUGUUUCAUGAAAAGUAUGCUAUAGAAGCCUGGAAAUACGAUGACAUUGCUAAAGUAUACAAAUAAUUAGUAGAAAACAACUUUGCCAUCAUUAUGAUGUUGUCAAGUUUACUUUAGAGAGAUGGCAAUGUUGCCUUGAGCUAAAAAAGUUUGUUCCCUCAGCCCUAUGUUCCCUGGGCCCUAUGAUCCCUCAACCUAUGUUCCCAGAGCCCUAUAUUCCCCCAGCCCUAUGUUUCCUCAGCCCUAUGUUCCCUGGGCCCUGUGUUCCCUCAGCCCUAUGUUCCCUCAGCCCAAUGUUCCCUCAGCCCUAUGUUCCCUGGGCCCUGUGUUCCCUCGGCCCUAUAUUUCCUCAGCCCUAUGUUCCCUCAGCCCUAUGUUCCCUGGGCCCUGUGUUCCCUCAGCCCUAUGUUCCCUGGGCCCUGUGUUUCCUCAGCCCUAUGAUCCCUCAACCUAUAUUCCCCCAGCCCUAUGUUUCCUCAGCCCUAUGUUCCCUGGGCCCUGUGUUCCCUCAGCCCUAUGUUCCCUCAGCCCUAUGUUCCCUGGACCCUGUGUUCCCUCAGCCCUAUGUUUCCUCAGCCCUAUGUUCCCUCAGCCCUAUGUUCCCUGGGCCCUGUGUUCCCUCAGCCCUAUGUUCCCUGGGCCCUGUGUUUCCUCAGCCCUAUGAUCCCUCAACCUAUAUUCCCCCAGCCCUAUGUUUCCUCAGCCCUAUGUUCCCUGGACCCUGUGUUCCCUCAGCCCUAUGUUUCCUCAGCCCUAUGUUCCCUCAGCCCUAUGUUCCCUGGGCCCUGUGUUCCCUGGGCCCUGUGUUCCCUGGGCCCUGUGUUCCCUCAGCCCUAUGUUUCCUCAGCCCUAUGUUUCCUCAGCCCUAUGUUCCCUCAGCCCUAUGUUCCCUGGGCCCUGUGUUCCCUCAGCCCUAUGUUCCCUGGGCCCUAUGUUCCCUCAGCCCUAUGUUUCCUCAGCCCUAUGUUCCCUCAGCCCUAUGUUCCCUGGGCCCUGUGUUCCCUCAGCCCUAUGUUCCCUCAGUACCCACUAAACCAAUUUCAAUCAAAAUUGGCAUAAAUGCUUAUUGUCCAAAUCAUUUGUAUUUUAAUCAAAUACCCAGUGUGCUUUGUAAGUGUUCAUUUUCACAUAACAUUUUGGUCAUUUAGCAGACAUUUUUAUCACACCAUAGUGCCAUCACACUUCUGAUACAAAUGCAGUACAUUUGGGGUGAUAGGAGCCCACAGAAGUGUGAGUCGCUAUAAAAAAUGGUGUAGAAAAGUAUUUUGUAUUUUGAAAUUGUGUAACUUGUUGCAAAAUACAUUUCUUUGUAGUUAAGGCCAGUGGAAUACAAAUUACACUAAAUACUCAAAAGUAACUGAAAUGCACUACUGUUCAAAAGUUUAGGGUCACUUAAAAAUGUCCUUGUUUUUUAAAAAGAAAAGCACAGUUUUUGUCCAUUAAAAUAACAUCAAAUUGAUCAGAAAUACAGUGUAGACCUUACUAAUGUUGUAAAUAACUAUUGUAGCUAGAAACGGCUGAUUUUUUGUGGAAAAUCUACAUAGGCGUACAGAGACCCAUUAUCGGCAACCAUCACUCCUGUGUUCCAAUGGCACGUUGUGUUAGCUAAUCCACGUUUAUCAAUUUAAAGGCUAAUUGAUCAUUAGAAAACCCUUUUGCAAUUAUGUUAGCACAGCUGAAAACUGUUGUCCUGAUUAAAGAAGCAAUAAAACUGGCCUUCUUUCGACUAGUUGAGUUGCAAAGAAAAAUCCAUAUUGCAGACUGGCCAAUAAAAUCACAUAUUAAGAUGGGCAAAAGAACACAGACACUGGACAGAGGAACUCUGCCUAGAAGGCCAGCAUCCUGGAGUCGCCUCUUCACUGUUGACAUUGAGACUGGUGUUUUGCAGGUGCUAUUUAAUGAAGCUGCCAGUUGAGGACUUGUGAUUAGUCUGUUUCUCAAACUAGACACUCUAAUGUACUUCUCCUUUUGCUCAGUUGUGCACCAGUGGCUAGAUGUGCCAAGAUUGUUUGUGUUAUUUCUUGUUUAUUUCACAAGAAAAAAUAUUUUGCAUCUUCAAAGUGGUAGGCAUGUUGUGUAAAUCAAAUGAUACAACCCCCCCUCCCCCAUUUAAAAAAAAAAAUCCAGGUUGUAGGGCAACGAAAUAGAAAAAAUGCCAAGGGGGUGAAUACUUUCGCAAGCCACUGUAUGUGUACAUCAAGGAUGUGAAAAAUAUAAGCUAUGUCAAAUAUUUGUAAUCACUCCCUUCUUCUGAGGGAACACAGGGCCCAGGGAACACAGGGCCCAGGGAACAUAGGGCUGUGGGAACAUAGGUUGAUGGAGCAUAGGGCCCAGGGAACAUAGGGCCCAGGGAAUAUAGGUCCCAGGGAACAUAGGGCUGUGGGAACAUAGGUUGAUGGAGCAUAGGGCCCAGGGAACCUAGGGCCCAGGGAACAUAGGUUGAUGGAGCAUAGGGCCCAGGGAACAUAGGGCCCAGGGAACAUAGGUUGAUGGAGAAUAGGGCCCAGGGAACAUAGGGCCCAGGGAACAUAGGUUGAUGGAGCAUAGGGCCCAGGGAACAUAGGGCCCAGGGAACAUAGAGCCCAGGGAACAUAGGUUGAUGGAGCAUAGGGCCCAGGGAACAUAGGGCCCAGGGAACAUAGGGCCCAGGGAACAUAGGUUGAUGGAGCAUAGGGCCCAGGGAACAUAGGGCCCAGGGAACAUAGGUUGAUGGAGCAUAGGGCCCAGGGAACAUAGGUUGAUGGAGCAUAGGGCCCAGGGAACAUAGGGCCCAGGGAACAUAGGUUGAUGGAGCGUAGGGCCCAGGGAACACAGGGCCGAGGGAACACAGGGCCCAGGGAACAUAGGUUGAUGGAGCAUAGGGCCCAGGGAACAUAGGGCCCAGGGAACAUAGGGCCCAGGGAACAUAGGGCCCAGGGAACAUAGGUUGAUGGAGCAUAGGGCCGAGGGAACACAGGGCCGAGGGAACACAGGGCCCAGGGAACACAGGGCUGAUGUAACAUGGACAUGGUCCCUCAGAAAUAGCUAGAAAUGCUAAUGUUAGCUAGCAAAAAUGUCAGUGCUCUCCCCCCAAUUUUACCUAGCUAGCUAAAGUUAUACUGCAUCUCAAGUCAAUCUGGUGACAUCACAAUGAUGACAAAAGCUUAUCCUACUAAUUAUUUGCCUCCUUUUGAAAUGUUGUUUCCAAGCCACAGUAAUGCACUUCAGACAAAAUCUUAAUCAGCUCCUACACUCUUAGAAAAAAAAAGGGUUCUAAAAGGGUUCUUUGGCUGUCCCUAUAGGAGAACCCUUUUUGGUUCCAGGUUUAACCUUUUUGGGCUCCAAGUAGAACCCUCUUGGGUUACAUGAAGAACUCUCUGUGGAAAGGGUCCUACAUGGAACCAAAAGGGUUCUGCCUGGAACCAAAAAGGGUUCUUCAAAGUGUUCUCCUAUGGGGACAGUCGAAGAACCCUUUUAGGUUCUAGAUAGCACCUUUUUUAUACGUGUGUAUUUAGACUGCAUUGCAAAGAAUGCUCAGCUGGGCUUCAGUCCUGAAACGAACGUUAAAAACAACAUUGUGAUUAAAUGAUAUGUCUUGUUUUUUUUGCAUUUAGUGUGUUUCUUUGCUAUGCAUUUUUGUCAUGUACUGUAUUUUUUGAAAUGGCCUUGCAUACAGCAACUAGUUCAUGUAAAUACACAUAGAUUUUGAUAGGCAAAUAUUGUUUUGCUUUAUUUGCACUGAUAAAAUGAGAAUGGAACUGAAAUUGGGAUGUAAGUGCACUCUUCUCCUAAAUGUUAUUCUUUAAUCCUGUGUCUUGGUCGACCUGUGCCAAACUCACUAAGCCCAUUGCCUGGAGUUAGCUAACCAUGGAUAUAUCAGUUAUAUCAGAUCAAUGACAAAAAAAGAGACUUCAACAUUAAGUUACAUAACAUGUCAAAUUCCUAUUUAUAUCAAGCCACAGCUCAGCUUUAUAAUGAGAGUGGUUUCCCUGAUGUGAAACCCUGCUAUUAGCCAGAACUACUGUAAGUGGACUUUGUACUGGAUGAGUUAUUUAUUUCCAACCAUGGGGGUUUCUCAGACAAGUAAAGUGACUAAGGUCGGAUAUCCUUUG